CUUUGAGUUUGAGGUAACAACAUAGCUCUGCUCUGCGGGGAAGCGUCUCCAAACAUAAAUCCAGCUUCCCACUCCCUGGUCCCACCAUGUCCACCGACCCGGCUAUCGAGCUGCCUUUCUUCUACGGCAGCAUCAGCCGCUCAGACGCCGAGCAGCAUCUGAAGCUGGCCGGGAUGUCUGACGGCCUCUUCUUACUGCGACAGUGUCUGCGCAGUCUCGGAGGCUACGUUCUGUCUGUGGUGUGGAACCUGGAGUUCCACCAUUACCCCAUAGAGAAGCAGCUCAACGGGACGUACUGCAUCACAGGAGGGAAGCCUCACUGCGGGCCGGCAGAGCUCUGUGAGUUUUACAGCAAAGACCCAGACGGGCUGGUGUGCACCCUGAAGAAACCAUGUCUACGCUCCCCGGACACCCCGAUACGGCCCGGUGUGUUUGACAACCUCAGAGACAACAUGCUGAGGGAGUACGUGAGACAGACCUGGAAUCUGGAGGGAGAGGCCAUGGAGCAGGCCAUCAUCAGCCAGGCUCCUCAGCUGGAGAAACUCAUCGCCACAACAGCCCACGAGAAGAUGUCCUGGUAUCACCGAAAAAUCACCCGCCAGGAAGGUGAGAGGAGACUUUACUGUGGAGCACAACCAGACGGCAAGUUUCUAGUGAGAGACAGAGAUGAGUCUGGUACUUAUGCUCUCUCCAUGAUGUAUGGAAAAACUGUGUACCACUAUCAGAUCCUUCAAGACAAAUCAGGGAAGUACUCCAUGCCAGAAGGAACCAAGUUUGACACAAUCUGGCAGCUGGUGGAGUACCUGAAGAUGAAAUCUGAUGGCCUGGUGACUGCUCUCGGGGAGCCUUGUGUUAACGGAAAGGCUGCUGAAGAAAAGAAACCUGCUCCUCCUGCCACAAGGCGGCAAAAUGGAUACACACCGCCACCCCAAGCACUCAUUGCAGCUCUCACCACUCAAGUCAGUAUACCAACAGACCGAGAGGUUCUGCCAAUGGACUGCAGUGGAUUCAACCCGUAUCACAAUCCCAAUGAAGUGAGGAAGUUUAACAUAAAGAGGAACCAGCUGCUGAUCGAUGAGGUGGAGCUCGGCUCGGGGAACUUUGGCCUUGUGAAGAAAGGCGUGCUCAAGACUGAAAAGGGCCAGAUAGAUGUUGCUGUCAAAGUGCUGAAGAGUGAGAAUGAUACGGCAGUGAAGGAGGAGAUGAUGAGGGAGGCAGAGAUCAUGUACCAGCUCAGUAACCCUUAUAUCGUCCGCAUGCUGGGUCUGUGUAACGCAGAGAGCCUGAUGCUGGUCAUGGAGAUGGCCUCUGCUGGACCUCUCAACAAAUACCUCUUCGCCAACAAGAGUACCUUAACUGUGGAGAACAUUGUCAACCUGAUGCACCAGGUGUCACUGGGGAUGAAGUAUCUGGAGGAGAAGAACUUUGUGCACAGAGACUUGGCGGCUCGUAACGUCCUGCUGGUCAGCCAACAGUUCGCCAAGAUCAGUGACUUCGGGCUGUCCAAGGCGCUGGGAGCAGAUGACAACUAUUACAAAGCUCGUUCUUCAGGUAAAUGGCCGCUGAAGUGGUACGCUCCAGAAUGCAUCGACUUCCACAAAUUCUCCAGUAAAAGUGACGUGUGGAGUUUCGGUGUCACCAUGUGGGAGGCCUUUUCCUUUGGCGGGAAACCUUACAAGAAAAUGAAAGGGAAUGAAGUUAUGAGCUUUAUCAAAGAAGGGAACCGCUUGGAUUGUCCAUCGGCAUGUCCAGAGAGGAUGUAUACAGUGAUGAAAGAAUGCUGGACUUACAAACACGAGGAUCGUCCUGACUUCAAGAAGGUUGAAGAGUCCAUGAGGUCUUACCAUUACUCCAUAUCGAGCAAGGCCAAGCCUGAGGAAGCUGCAGCCGCUGCUGGGCCCGUGUAAUAGACAGAAAACAAGGCACUUUCUGUCCCAGUGCUGCACAAAGCAUCCUUUCAAGCGGCCAUUAAACAAGCAAAACAAAGAGCUUUUUAUGAACGCUGCAAACUGACCAGCUUCAAACUACAGAACCAAAACGGCUGAACAGGCCUCAGAGACAAUAAAUGUGCAUUUGUAAAUUGGACUUCAGUGGGUCAGCCAUGUGAGGAGAGUCUGUGUCCGUCCGUCUGUCGAGGUCUGAAUGUCGACGUUGGUGACGUCUUUUCAUUGAUGAACAUCUUAUUUAGUAUUCUGGUAUUUAGGAGCACAAUGAGAGUAUGAAGAGCAUGUGCAUGUUUAUAUAUUUCAGCAUACAUACCAACACACAAGAGUAGUUCAUUCUUUGUCUUUUUGCCAAACUAUAUAUAUAUAAGAAGAAUCAUUCAAAGUCAGUAUUUCUUUUUAUUUUCAAAUAAAUGUUCAUCCGUUUAUUAACUGAUCACACACUUUGUGUUAUGAAUUUUAAUUAAAAUCAUUAUAUGUGUCCAUGUACUGAAACAUGCUUUCUUAAAGUAUAAACUAUAUUUAAUGCAGAUUAUAGAGUCAUUAAUUACUCCUACUGUUGAUUUAUUGCACCCUAUAUACAUGCUAUGUACAUGUCUGUAGACCAUACCAUUUAAAUCCUCACUGCUGCAUUUAAAAGGUGUGAAAAUGAAAUGCAAAACUUGAACAAAUAUUAAAGUUGUACACCCCAAAGAAGCAUAAAGUGAAAUAUUAGCAGAUUUCCACUUAUUCAAGAAGUUUUUUUAUGUUUUUGUUUCUUUUCUAGUCAGUAGUAAAUAAAUUAUCAGCAACCUACAUCCAAGCAGCUUAAAGGGGGCGUUGAAAUACAGUUUGUUGAGACUAUGAAAAUAUUUAAGGUCUUAAAAGUUGAAUUAUUUUAAUGUUUUAAUGCAGUUUUUCCUGUCAGAAAUCCAAUCAUGAUGUAAUUUGGUUUAUUAUGACAUCCAGUGUUAUAAAAUAAAUGUGGUCAGCCAGUCUGGUCACUCACAACA